GUGGGGUAGCAACAGACACAUCUGGAAGUUGUUGAGAAGUAAGCAAGGGAGGGAGAAAGAAAGAGACAGCAAGAGAGAUAUAGGAAGAGGGAGAAAGAGGAGGCAAUGUUCUGUUGUUAGUAAAGAAAAGAGGGAGACAAACACAGAGAAAGAGAAAACAGAGAAAAAAAAUACAAUUCUGUUCUUCUACAGGUUAAGAACAACACACACAUAAGUCGAGAAAAGCAAGGAGAAAGGCUGUGGAAUACCUCAAAUUGUCAACUGUGGGCGUUAUUUCUUUGUGAAGUGAUUUAGGGUUCUAAAGGGAGAAAAUUAUAAAUAAUCAAAACUCCAGGGACCAACCAAAGAAAGAAAACAAGAACAAAACAGAAGACCUUUCUCACUCUCACUCAUCAGUUAAGUCUUUGGAAUCGAUUCCCUCAGGAUGUCAGCCUCACAAAGGUGGCUGUGCUGUGUCAAAUAUCUCAUGUUUGUCUUCAACCUCAUCUUCUGGCUAGGAGGGUGUGGUCUGUUUGGUGUAGGGGUGUGGCUCUCCUUCACCCAGGCGGAGUUCUCCUCCCUGCCAGUGUCCUUCCCCUCCCUUUCAGCUGCCAAUCUAUUACUGGUUGCCGGGGGCGUCACUAUGGUAACAGGCUUCCUGGGUUGCCUUGGUGCCCUGAAAGAGCAGCGCUGUCUAUUGAUGACGUUCUUUGUCAUCCUCUUGCUCCUGGUGCUGACGGAGGUGACUCUGACGCUAGUCCUGCACAUAUUUCGCAAAGAGCUAGACACCCAUGCCCAGGAUGAGUUAAAGAAGGGAAUGUUUGAUGAAGGACUGAGGAAGUCAUGGGACAAUGUUCAAAAAAUGUUCAAGUGCUGUGGCGUGACAAACAAGACAGAUUGGUACUUGGUGACAAACGGAACCCUCCCUUCAUCUUGUUGCUCCGUUAGGACAGAGCAAUGUGAUGACGGAUGGAGUGAGCCGUGUUAUCAGAAGGCCAGACAGUGGCUCUUGGACAACAUCCCCUCCGUUCUAAUGUUUGGAGUUUGCAUCAGCAUCAUUCAGAUCCUGGCCUUGGUCUUUUCCCUACUUAUGUACUGUCAAAUCAUGUGUGCUGAGAAGUACUUGGACUGACCUGGAUCUGCAUCCUGCAGACAUAACAAUGAGAAAUACCUUUUCAGGAAGGCAAACUAUGAACUCACCAGGGAACAGAAAAUGGUAGUUACAUUUACAUUUCAUUUAGCAGACACUCUUAUCCAGAGCGACUUACAGUAAGUACAGGGACAUUCCCCCCGAAGCAAGUAGGGUAAAGUGCCUUGCCCAAGGACACAAUGUCAUUUAGCUUGACCAGGAAUCAAACCGGCAACCUUCUUAUUAAUAGCCCAACUCCUUAACCGCUCAGGCAUCUGACUCCAUAGUUAAGGUGAUAAGGGGGUGGAUGAGGGAGAUUGAUAGAUACAGGGUCGAUCAGUGCACUAAAACCAUGCAUUUACCCAAUUCCAAAUCAACUUCCCAUUCUUUGAACUGAUGUGCCAUUGUAAUGAAGGAUCCUGUUUAUUUUCUAACACCUAUCUAAUCCUGGAUAGGUACUGUACUGUGAUUGUCCAAAAUGAAUAAAGUUGUAGAAUAACCAUUUUGGUGAACUUCACAUGAAAAUAUAAAGUAGCUCCACAUCAAUAACUACCAAAACACAAUACCUUUUUGUGCUAAGUAGAAUUUAUUUUUAUUUGAAAGGUUAAACUGCUAGCUAAACAUGAGCCUUAACACAUCUUUUUUGCGAUUUCUCUGAAUACAUUUGGAGUGGUUGUUGUAAACUUGCACAUAUUGUAAAAUACAUACAAUCAAAUGACAUUAUAAUGUACUAAUAGGCGAUAUAUUCCAAUAAACUGCUAUUCCAGACUGUC